CGACGACAAAACUAUUUGUUUGUCGUUAAUAAUUUGUUGAAAAACUGGAGGAAUUGAAACGAAUUUCAGCUAGGAAUAAAGUAGCUUAUUGUGCAAAUAAUAACAUUUAAACAUUUAAAGAAGAAGAAUAAUAAAAAAAAAAAACUACAAAAUGGAGGUUAUGGAAGAAGGCAAUCUUAUGGACCGAGUUCCAAUUUUAUUACAACGUGAUUUGGAAUUCUAUCAGACCCAUCAGCGAGUAUUGCAAGAACGUCUUUGUACUGGCGUUGUAGGGGGUAAAUUGGAUUUCCCACGUUAUGCUUCUUUUGCUGCCAUAAAAAUGAUUUUAUGGUGGGAAGAUGAAUAUUUCGCCUCAUAUCGCAAACAUUCGGGUCUGCUGCAUACGGAAAAGGAAUUGAGUGAAGGAGAUUUUUCUUCGGUGGUUGUAAAGACCUCAGAUCCAGAUAAAUUUGUUGGCAUUGUAACCAAAUCAGCGGACCUACUGUUAGAACAUUUACAUGUCCUGUCACAAGAAUCUCUGGAUCAUGCCGAUCUCUCGGUGUUGACGGCAACAAUUGGCGCUGCAGCUUUGGUUCGCAACUGUUUAAAUGUCUAUCUACAGGCUUGCACUACAAAAAUAUGUCCCCCGAAAGGCGAUGAGAAAGGUGGAGCAUUGAAAAUCUCACUUAAACAAUAUUCCCAACUGUCGGAAGCUUUGGCAGAACGUCUUUUGGAUCUGCAUUGUCGACUUCUGUUGCUCUAUAUUGUUCAAGAUGCCGAUGCCCUGCAUUGGGAAGACACUGAACCAUUUUUUGAAUCCGAACGUGGUAGCUAUACCAUUCAAAUGUGGUGGCUGUACAUGUGCGGCACCAAAGAUGAUCUAUGGAAUUCUGUGCCACCGAAAAUGGCACAACGCAUCUUUGGCGGUAUGCUUAAUGAGACCUUGAGCGUGUUGACGGUACGCUAUUCGCAGAUUGUCACCAGCAAUGCUCGUGCUCAAUUGCAUUUGUGUGAUAUUUGCAAUUUGUUGUUUUGCAUUGCAGAACUGCUGCCACAUGUCAGUGAAAGUGGGGAGGCAUAUGUGGGAUUACAGCUAAAUAACCAAAGUGUCAUUAUACGCGACAUACAUGCAAAGUGCAGGGAACUCUUCUAUUGCCUCCUGCUGAGGGGUGCACCGCUUGGAGUGCUCUCAAAGGUUUUCCGCAAAGGUUUGGAAAAUAUGGAAAUGUUUUCAUCACGCCACGGACUACCAAGUGCCUGGAUAAUAUUUGCCCUAUCGCGAAUGUUUCCCAAGGAUCAGUCAUGUCAGUGGGUAACCGAGUUUGCAGAUCUGAAUACAAAUAGCGCCAUUGCUUUGGAGUUGAAAGUUCUUUUGGCAUUUCCCGAAGCUGAUUGGUCAUUUUUGGUGAAGGUCCUGCUAAUGCGUGAUGCCCAUUUGACGGGUAUUAUAUUGAGGCAUCUCUUGCAGCAUUUGCCAUCAUCGGAGAACUUUAAAAAUGUCGCCAGAAAUUCUUUUGUUGAGGCAGCCACGGAAUCGAAAAAGUGUGAGGGUUUUUUGUGUCGCGGGGAAUGUUUUAAGGUGUCUGAUUUGUUGGCGGAGGAUGUGGAUCCUGUUGGUCAGUCCAAUUGCCAGAUAGUUUUGUCUUUGACUUAUCUAUUGGUGGCCUUGGGCAAAGCCGUGGAUAUAAAAUCAUGCCUGGUUAAAAAUUUGGAGGAAGUUGGCCUGCCAGGCUGGAGUGAUUGUUUGGAUAAAAGACAGGUUUGGAACCAAAAACGUCCUCCAUGGUUGGAAGCUAUUAUGCAUUUUGUCUAUCCAGUGCUGAACACAACGGUGGACAUGCUAAUAAAUGCUGUGGAGGCUGGAGCUAGUAUGUAUCAAGCUAUGUCCUUGGCUCUAACCUGUGUAUCCGAAAUGUGGGAUUGCAUACCGGAGGGACUGUACAAGGUUACAUCUUUACUGCAAGAUAUAACACCAGUUUCUACCAGACCACUGAGUGAUUCGGUUUUGAUGCAAGUUAUGUUUGCCGGCCUAUAUACGGAACUCAUAAAAACAGCUGAGAAAUUUGAAAAAUCCAAUGAACAAGACAAGGCUUCAAUUUGUUAUACGAUCUCCGAGGCCAUCUGUUCCAUUGACGAAGAUGAUAAGCAUACCGAUCAAAUCGAUUUGUUUUUGAAACAGGCCAAAGAUAGCAUCAUCCUGGAGACUUUUGCAGAUUCUGGACGCCGAGUUGGUGGCAUGAGUGCUGUUAGCACGGUAAAAAUAGAUGAAAUUGGUACAGCUGACUCAGAUCGCAUGAGUCAUAGUCCGCCGGCUAACUAUGCUAUGGAAAUGGAUGUGGGCAUAACCGAUUUUGUUGCUGAGGUGUUGGCAAGUGACGUCCUAACAACGGACAUUGGAAAACAGGCAUUGAAGGUCUGUUACAAUUAUUUAAAAAACAACAAAGAAUGGCUUAUGGAACAAUUGGCCACCAGCGAAAAUGAUCCAAGCCCUUUUCAAGGCGCCCAAGGACAAAAUAUUAAAGAAACAAAACCCACACUGUUGAAAACUAUGUUCUACAUCGAUCAACAUCCAUUUGAUCAGCUGCUAACAGGUUCCUUAAAAAUCGAUUAUGUUACAUGGCUGCAAACGCCCAUAUCACUGAAUCCGGAACGUGCUUGGCUGCAUUUGUCGCGUCGCUGUGAUUUUCAAGAAGAUGCCAAACUAACAAUGCCGGAAGUAGCCAUGGUGGCAAGCAUAACGAAAAUUAUGAAGAAACGCAAGAACUAUGGCAAGUAGGAAGAGAGGGAGAGAGAGACGUGCGUGCGGUGGCAAAAUGAAGUUCAUAAAACCCUUAAAUGGCGACAAAUCAAAAUCUUAAACAAAAAUUGACUUAAACAAAUGCUAUGAAAUAAAACAGACUUCCAGUAGUCUGAAGGCUUUAAAGCUGUAUGUAAG